UGUACAGAGUGCAGUCACAGGCACAGCACAACAGUAGUUUGUGUGGUAUGGCUUUUGUAUUCUGUAUUUUGUGCUUUAUCUUUUUCUCCGAAUACAAAAGUUGUAUAUAAAUAGAUAGAAACAUGAAAAAAGAAAAAACGGGUGAUAAUAGCCGCCCCUAUAAAUUAGCUCAUCAAAUAUUGAGCUUAACGGGGAUAAGCUUUCAAAGGAAAAGCAUAAUUGGUUUUGUCGAGUUGACGAUUAUACCUCUGCGAGACACACUGAGGCUGGUGAAGCUUAAUGCCAAGCAAUGUAGGAUAUACAGAGUGUGUUUAAACGACACCUAUGAAGCACCUUUCCAAUAUUUUGAUCCGUUCCUGGAUAUCUGCCAAAGGGACAGUAAACAACGGUCCCUGGAGUUUUUCUCUAAUAUGCAUCUGGCGGCAGCUCAGAAAGUCGAUUCCGACAACAACGCCGGCGAAUUAGUAGUUCAAAUACCACCAGAAGCAGCACACUUGGUCGCGGAAGGCCGAGGAUUGAGGAUCAGCAUCGAGUUUUCCUUGGAGCAACCCCAAGGAGGUGUGCAUUUUGUGGUACCGAAUUGCGAAGGAACUUUAGCCGAGAGAGGUGCCCAUAUGUAUACGUACAGCUAUGAAAAUUCAUCUAGAUUGUGGUUCCCAUGCGUAGAUAGUUUUGCUGAACCGUGUACUUGGAAAUUGGAAUUUACCGUUGACGACUCGAUGACUGCAGUUUCCUGCGGCGAUCUGGUCGAGGUGGUCUACACACCUGACAUGCGUAGAAAAACCUUUCAUUAUGUGCUCAACACUCCCGCGUGUGCUCCAAACAUUGCGCUAGCAGUCGGACCUUUUGAGAUUUUCGUGGACCCUUACAUGCACGAAGUGACUCAUUUCUGCUUGCCUCAACUUCUGCCUUCUCUGAAAGUGUCCGCGAAAUACAUGCACGAAGCAUUCGAAUUUUACGAGGAAACUCUGUCGAAUCGAUAUCCAUAUUCCUGUUACAAGCAGGUCUUUGUCGACGAGAUAGACGAAGACAUUAACGCCUACGCCACUAUGAGCAUCUUAAACACGAAUUUAUUACAUUCUACUGCAAUUAUAGAGCAAGUGUACAUUACUAAGAAGGCGAUGGCACAAGCGAUUGCAGAACAAUUUUUUGGAUGUUUCAUAUCUAUGCAGAAUUGGUCAGAUACGUGGCUACCUAAGGGCAUCUCCACGUAUCUAACGGGGCUCUAUGCGAAGAAAUGCUUCGGGAAUAACGAAUACAGAGAGUGGAUUCAGUCUGAAUUGCAAGAAGUCGUGAAAUAUGAAGAGCAAUUCGGUGGUAUAAUAUUAGAUUCAUCUCAAGCACCAGCACCAUUGCCCAUUGCGGCCAAUACCCCAGCGCCUGCUCCCCGAGCUCCCGAUCCUGGAUUUUAUUUCCCUAUUAAAAAUCUACACACCAUGUCUCCGAAAUAUAUUGAAGUCCUCCGCAAGAAGGCACAUCUGAUCAUGAGAAUGUUGGAACAUAGGAUCGGCCAAGAAUUAUUGCUUCAAGUAUUCAAUAAACAAUUGUCUCUAGCGGCUAAUGCCGCACAACAAAAGAUCGAGUCUGGUCUGUGGUCGCACAUGCUGAUUAGUACGAACGUAUUCGCUAAAGCGAUCUUUACGGUGACAGGAAAAGAUAUGUCAGUAUUUAUAGAUCAGUGGGUGAGAACGGGAGGACAUGCGAAAUUCAGUCUGAGCUUCAUAUUUAAUAGAAAAAGAAAUACCGUGGAGUUGGAAAUUAGGCAAGACACUACGCAUCAAAGAGGAAUUCGGAAAUACGUAGGACCGUUAGUAGUCAAUAUUCAAGAACUGGACGGUACUUUCAAGCACACGUUACAAAUUGAAGGUACCAUGGCCAGAGCGGACAUCACGUGCCACAGCAAAAGCCGCAGAAACAAGAAAAAGAAAAUUCCCUUGUGUACCGGCGAGGAGGUCGAUAUGGAUCUCUCCGCUAUGGAUGAUUCUCCAGUAUUAUGGAUCAGACUUGAUCCCGAAAUGACAAUCAUGCGCGCUGUGCAAAUCGAGCAACCUGAUUAUCAGUGGCAAUACCAAUUGAGACACGAGAGAGACGUCACCGCACAAUUGGAAGCGAUCGAAGCUUUACAGCACCAUUCAACACCUGCCACUCGAUUAGCCCUGACCGACACAAUUGAGAACGAGCAUUGCUACUACAAAGUCAGACUUCGCGCUGCUCAUUGCUUGACAAAGGUAGGUAACGCGAUGGUAGCAACUUGGUCGGGCCCACCAGCAAUGUUGGCCAUAUUUAGAAAGUUAUUUGGAUCCGCGUCGUGCCGGCGGAUUAUUAAGCAGAACAAUUUCUCGAAUUUUCAACAUUAUUUUUUACAAAAGACUAUACCAGUCGCAAUGGCGGGAUUACGCAAUGCCCACGGUAUCUGUCCACCGGAAGUAUUAGCCUUUCUAAUGGAUCUUUUCAAGUACAACGAUAACAGUAAGAAUAGAUAUUCCGACAACUAUUACAGAGCCGCGCUAAUCGAGGCUCUUGGCGCGACCGUUACACCGGUUAUCAGCGUGCAACAAGGAACGGCUAUUACGGCAGAAUCUUUAUCAAUCGACACAAAGGCCAUUUUGGAAGAAGUCACAAGAAACUUGAACCUAGAGAAAUUAUUACCCUGCUACAAGUAUACCGUCAGCGUAGCGUGUCUUAAAGUUAUACGUAUCCUUCAGAAGUUCGGCCAUCUUCCAAGCAAUCCUCAUCUUUUCAGAGCGUAUGCAGCAUAUGGACAAUUUAUAGACAUCCGAAUUGCAGCCUUAGAAGCGUUGGUCGAUUUUACUCGUGUGGACGGCAAGUGGGAGGAUCUGGAAUUUCUAUUAGAUAUGGCGGAAAUGGAUCCACAUCCUGGUAUACGCCACAGGCUCGUACGACUAAUGGUGGAGAAUCCGCCGUUCGAGAGAGCCCAUAAACAUCGCUUGGACAAACCGGAUCUAGUUGACCGUAUAUGGAACUUGAUUAAUGGCAUGCUGUCGCACGAUGCGAAGUUACGCUGCGAUCUGGUUGACUUGUAUUACUCUUUAUAUGGUACAAAAGUCCCAUUUUGUCUUCCCGUUCCCGAAGUUAUGGCAGUUACAAAGCCUAGGAAAGCCGGCCCGCCGACUCCAGAACGCGAAGUGAAAGCUGCACCGGUGCAACAUGUGAGACACGAAUCGAUCGAAGAAGUUGAAAACUUACCUGUCUCGAACAAGAGGAAACCAUCUCCCAGCAAAGAUCCUCCGGGUCCCUCAAAUCCAGUGGAACAUGGUCCAGAACCAAAACGACAGAAAACAACAAACAAUCAGGAUGAACGAGGAAUUCCGGUACCCGGUGAAGGAAAAGUAAAAUCCGAGUAUUACAGCGACAAUUCCGCAUCACUGCCUGGUAUCAUGGGAACUCCCGGUCCCGUAGGUUUCGAGCCUGGGAUGUUUAAAAAGGAGUCGGAAGAGCACAAGCCGAAAAAUGAUUCCAGCAACAAGAACAAGAAGAAAAAGAAGGAUAAGAAGAAGCACAAGCAUAAACAUAAGCAUAAACACGAUCACAAGCAUAAUAAGGAUAAAGAGAAAAAGGAAAAGGGUAAGGAUAAGGAUAAGGAUAAGGAAAAGGAUAAAAGCAAGGACAAGGAUUCAUCCGCUUUAAAAAUUAAAGACGAGACCCUUAGCUCUGCAAGUUCUAGUCAAAGCCCAGAGCCAACUGUCACCAACGAACUCCUUUUCCCUUAGGAACACACUUAUUAGUGUACAAAUAUAUAUAAUUGAGCAAUAAAU